CAAACCCAAAAUGGCAAAACACCGACUGACUGACUGACGAUUCUUUCCAUUUCCUUUCCAAAAUAGCUGGCCUCGCUGCUUACCCCUAAAAUGGCAUAUGUUUUCAGUUACAAUGAGUUGCAAUUAUUCACGAAGAAUUUCAAUGAUAAACGCUUGAUCAGUGGUGGAUCGCAUGGGACGGUACACAGGGGAAAGGUUCCAAAGAAACUUGCCAAGUUUCUGGGUUUGGACAGCCGUUACGUGACUGUGAAGACAAUGAAGGGAGGAGGCGUCGACAUCUAUUUCGAGAGUUACCUGGCGGAAGCCAAAUGGCUUCCUCGCUUAAGACAUCCCAAUAUUGUCCAACUCGUUGGUCAUUGCAUCCAUUGCAUGACUGAAUGGUUCCUUGUCUACAAGUAUGUUGACGGAUGGACCUUGGACCAUGUAAUCCGCCAAAGAAGUCCAGAUUUUACUGGUCAGAGGAUGUUGAGAGUGAUCAAAGGGAUUACCGAGGGAAUGAAUUACCUACACUCUAUUGAGGAUGGUCUGAAUCAGGGCUUGGUACACGGCGAUCUCAAAUCGACAAACAUUAUGGUGAACAAGGAUUUCGAUGCCAUCAUCAUUGACUUUGGCUCGGCAAGGGUUUCCACCGAAAAAGCUAGCCUUGGAACAAAAUAUUUUGUCAAAGUUGAGGACAACAAGAAAGGAGUAAGGACCAUUGCUUGGGGCUAUCCUUUGUACGUGGGAGAUGAGCUUCAUAAGCUGGCAGCAAGUGCUGUAGGUGCAAAACCCCAAAGAAGAAAAAGAAAAAGAACAGGUGUUGUGCCUGCGUUGCAUCAUGUCAUGCAUCCUUCCUUGUUAGAAGGGGACGAUGGGUGCUCCGAGUCUGCUGCCCGUACACUUACAGAAAUUGGGGUGGACUGCACAAAAGAUUGGGAUUCUCGGGCUUCUAUUGCAUCCGUACUCACACGCAUAGUAGAUCUGGUGUAG